AUGAUGAAAUUUUUAAAAAAUAUUUGUUUAUUCUUUAUUAUUAUUGGUACUUUUCUUAGUAUCUUAUUCCAAUGUGGAGAGGCAUCUCCAGAAAAAAUGACACGAAUUCAGCAUGUAUUUCGUGGUCUUCUUGGUGAAGGGCCUCAAGGUGACAUAACGACAAGAGGUAGACGUUAUGGUUCGGAGCCUUCCAGUUACUUUCUUCCACGAGAUACAAAUCAAAUACUUGAAGAACCAUGGCAAAGUCCUUCAGAAAGAACAUUACAAUAUAAAUAA